UCCCGGACCCGCCAGGACACCCGGGUUCUUCUGGACUUUGCCACCUUUUGUGUCCUAGACAACGGCUGGGAACUUCAGAGGCAAUGCCACUGUCCCCGAAGCAAGGCGAUCAUGUUUAGGUCUUUCUGUGGAAUCCAAAACCUCGUGUCAUUAACUACCUGGCUGUUUGUGGCAUUGAAUCUGAAAGAAGAUCCAAUCAUAAUCUAGACAGCAAGGGAGGUGCCAGAGCUUUCCAUUUAGAUCAGCGACUUCAAAUUCUCACCAUGGACAAAUCUGAGAAGACAGAUGUGGUUCUUCUUGCUUGUGGUUCCUUUAAUCCAAUCACCAACAUGCACCUCAGGUUGUUUGAACUGGCCCGGGACUUCAUGAAUGGAACAGGAAAAUACAGAGUUAUCAAAGGAAUAAUUUCUCCUGUUGGCGAUGCAUAUAAGAAGAAAGGACUCAUCCCUGCCCACCACCGGAUCAUCAUGGCUGAACUUGCCACCAAGAAUUCAAACUGGGUGGAAGUAGACACAUGGGAAAGUCUUCAGAAGGAAUGGGUAGAGACCGCGAAAGUGCUGAGACAUCAUCAGGAGAAGCUGGAAGCCAGCCAUUGUGAUCACCAACAGAAUUCACCUGUGCUAGAAAGGUCUGGGCGGAAGAGGAAGUGGACAGAACAAAGACAGAAUUCUAGUCAAAAGAAAUCCCUAGAGCCUACACCAAAAGGUGUGCCAAAGGUGAAGUUGCUAUGUGGGGCAGAUUUACUGGAAUCCUUUGGUGUGCCCAAUUUGUGGAAGAGUGAAGACAUCACACAAAUCGUGGCGGACUAUGGCCUCAUAUGUAUCACUCGGGCUGGGAGUGAUGCUCAGAAAUUCAUCUAUGAGUCAGAUGUGUUGUGGAAACACCAAAGCAACAUCUACCUGGUAAACGAGUGGAUCACCAAUGACAUCUCAUCCACGAAGAUCCGGAGAGCCCUCCGAAGGGGCCAGAGCAUUCGCUACUUGGUCCCAGAUCUUGUUCAAGAGUACAUUGAAAAGCAUAAUUUGUAUAGCUCUGAGAGUGAGGACAGAAAUGCGGGGAUUGUCUUGGCCCCUUUGCAGAGAAACACUGCAGAAGCCAAGCCAUAGCCAUCCUGCGGCAGGAAGGUUUGGAUUGCUCUCUCGGAGGUUUGAAACUAUCUGGUGGAGUCACUAAGGGAAGGAAAGUGAUCCUGUUUUAUCUUCUAAAGCUUUGAAGUGUGACAAACAUCAGUAGGCAAUUAAAUGAGAUUUGGCUUUUUUCUGAACCAAGUUGCUAAAAUGAUUGGUUUUAUUAAGACUUUUUUUCCCCUCAAAGAAUGUACAAAUUACCAGGCAUUCAUGGCCUAUAAUCUUAGCUGUGCAGGAGGCUGAGAUCUGAGGACU